CCAUUAGUGGACCAUGGUCCAGGCAGGGGCUCCAGGUCCAGCUUGGAUAGGAGGAGAAGGCGUCACUUCCGGGGCCUUCGCCAGUGUCUGGUGGCUCUCUGCUCUCUGAUUGGGCAAAAGUGGCCCGGUCAAGCCUGUGACCCCACUGCAGUGGAGGGGCUGUGCCCCAACGCCACAUGUCUUUCUACUCAUCUGCUCCCCAGAGUGCUGCCUGCUGUGCACCUGGGUCCUUAAGCCCUUCUCUACCCGUUAUAUUUCUGCCCAACACGGAAGCCACACUGCAACACAUCGUGCAUAUUUUCAACUUCCUGAUCCUUGCUCUGGAUCCUGUUUUCCACUCUUCAGGCUCCCUUCUCUAACCCGAUCCCAGAUUUCUUCCAACCUAACAACCAAGGUUACUCAGAAUUUGAGGCCAAUAAAGGAUAGUUUCCAGACUGUCUUCCUCGGCCCACCUGUGCCCCACCCCACUCUGCCCAGAAGUGCAAAGAGCCCAAGCCGCCUCCAUGGCCCCAGGAAGGAUUCAGGGGAGAGGCCCCAUACAGGGAGCCACUCCAGCCAGACACCCUAGCCAGAAUGGAGCUGACUGAAUUGCUCCUUGUGGUCAUGCUUCUCCUUACUGCAAGACUAACUCUGUCCAGCCCGGCUCCUCCUGCCUGUGACCCCCGACUCCUAAAUAAACUGCUUCGUGACUCCCACGUCCUUCACAGCAGACUGAGCCAGUGCCCAGACAUCAAUCCUUUGUCCACCCCUGUCCUGCUACCUGCUGUGGAUUUUAGCUUGGGAGAAUGGAAAACCCAGACGGAGCAGACCAAGGCACAGGACAUUCUGGGAGCAGUGACCCUUCUACUGGAGGGAGUGAUGGCAGCACGGGGACAGUUGGGUCCCACCUGCCUCUCAGCUCUCCUGGGACAGCUUUCUGGACAGGUCCGACUCCUCCUUGGUGCCCUGCAGGGCCUCCUUGGAACCCAGCUUCCUCCACAGGGCAGGACCACAGCUCACAAGGAUCCCAAUGCCAUCUUCCUGAGCUUCCAACAACUGCUCCGAGGAAAGGUGCGUUUUCUUCUGGUUGUAGGAGGACCUGCCCUCUGUGUCAGGCGGUCCCUGCCCACCACAGCUGUCCCAAGCAGUACUUCUCUAUUCCUCACACUGAACAAGCUCCCAAACAGGACUUCUGGAUUGUUGGAGGCGAACUUCAGUGUCUCAGCCAGAACUACUGGCUCUGGACUUCUGAGCAAGCUGCGGGGAUUCAGAGCCAAGAUUCCUGCUCUGCUGAAUCAAACCACCAGGUCCCCAGACCAAAUCACUGGAUACCUGAACAGGACACACAGACCUUUGAAUGGAACUCAUGGACUCUUUCCUGGAGCCUCACCGGGUACCCUAGAAGCCCCAGACAUUCCAUUAGGAACUUUGGGCACAGGCUUCCUGUCACACAACCUCCAGACUGGAUCUUCUCCUUCCCCAACCCAUCCUCCUACUGAUCAGUACACACUCUUAUCCCCUUUACCCACCUUGCCCACCCCCAUGGUCCAGUUCCACCCCCUGCCUCCUGACUCUUCUGCCAACCCUACUAACCCCCUUCUAACCAGAGCCCAUCCUAACUCUCCAAAUCUGUCUCAGGAAGGGUAAGGAAUGCUGACACUGACAAUAUUUGCAGUGUCUCUCAUGUGCAGUUCCCUUCCCUGGAGAGGCUCUGGAAGACAACUGCAGCUAUACCAGACAUCCUGUUUCCACCUGAAAGCCAAUACUCUGGUAAAGGUGAAUACACAGGAAAGAAAAAGGGACUGUU